ACAGGAGUGAGACACGCGCCCGGCCCCUUCCCUUUUUUGAUUCCCAUUUUUAAAAGGCUGUAAGCUUCAAGAAGGACAGAAACCUUGUCCAUCUUGUCAACUGCGAUUUCCCCAGCACCGUGGCUCUGGCCUGGCACAUGGUAGGUGCUAGGUGAAUACUGGUUUGAACAGAGGACAGACGCAGACGGCAAGGGCCACUCCUGUGCCAGGGCCUGCCACGCCACCACGGCUUGUGCAGUGGGGGUGGGGAGGAUUGGACAGUUUGGCUUGCGCCCUCUUCUCCUUUUCAACGUCCCAGUAUAACUUCAAGGGAGCGCAACUCCAGAGGCUCCGUGGACGAAGCCACCGCCCCGGAAUCAGGGCCUUCCCAGUUCUGCCUUCGGGGAGGGAGGAUGGGGGUGGGCCGCGGGAGGCCAGUUCCAAGCGCGUCCUGAAGUCCCUCCCGCCGCCCCGCGUCGCUUUAAGGCGGAGGCCCGGGAGGGGGCCGACCCGGCUCGCCAGCUCCACGCUCGGCUCCAGACUCCGGCAUUUCCUCCCGGCUAGCUGGCGCGGCUUCGCCUCCCCCUCGGAAGAGGAAACUCCCGGGGUCCGAGUAACAGGGUCAGGCGCGGAGAGGAGCGGCGGGAGAGCCAGGAGGGCCGCCCAGGGUAGGAGGGGAGCCAGGCCGGGCCAGAAGCUGGCCGACGGCGGCGCGCGGGGGCACCGGGCGGGGAGGGCCGCUGAGUCGGACUCAGCGCGCAGCCGGGGCAGGGCGCGGCCCGGGGCCCGAGAGCGCAGGGCGGGCCGCAGCUGGAAGGAACACUUGAGCUGGGAGAGGAGGCCGAGCUGGAGGGCGGCUUCCCUCGGGCCUGCGAUCGGGAAGCCGCCGCGGAGAAGGAGACGGGGACAGCGGGGCUGCCCGGACGCUGUGCGCAUGCUGGGCUGGGGUCGCCGCCGGGGCUCGCCCCUUGGGCUGCUCGGCCACCGCCGCCCCGGGCGCCCGGCAUGUCGGUGCACUACACACUCAAUCUACGCGUCUUCUGGCCCCUGGUGACCGGCCUGUGCACCGCCCUGGUGUGCCUCUACCAUGUCCUGCGGGGAAGCGGGGGCGCCCGGGCUGAGCCCCCCGACGGCGUGGACGGCGGCUUCCCGCUGCUCAAGGUGGCCGUCCUGCUCCUCCUCAGCUAUGUCCUCCUGCGCUGUCGCCACGCUGUCCGGCAGCGCUUCCUGCCCGGGUCUCCCCGUCUGGGGGGUCACGCCGCCUUCUCCUCGAGACACUUCCGAGAGCCGGGCCUCAGCAUCCUGCUGGAGAGUUACUACGAGCACGAGGUGCGUCUGUCUCCGCACGUGUUGGGCCACAGCAAGGCGCACGUGAGCCGGAUCGUGGGCGAGCUGGUGCGGGCCGGGCGCGCCCGGGGGUCCCCCGGUCUCAUUCCCGGGGGAGCGCUGGCCUUGGCCUUCCGCGGAGACUUCAUCCAGGUGGGCAGUGCCUACGAGCAGCAUAAAAUCCGCCGGCCAGACAGCUUCGACGUGCUGGUGCCACUGCGCCUGCCGCCGCUUGUGGCGCUGGAGCCACGGAGCCUGGGCGAGGAGCCAGUGCUGGCCCCAGCCUUCCGCGGCUGCUUCGUGUGCGCCCUCAAGGCACCACCCUCACCAUUGGGGGCCUCGGGGGGCCACUGGCUUCGGGACUGCAAACCCUUUGCUGAUGCCUUCUGCGUGGAUGUGCGCGGGCGGCGUCACCUCUCAGCUACUUUGGUGCUGCGCUGGUUCCAGUCGCAUCUGCAGCGCUCCUUGGCCACUGUGCGUUACAGCCUGGAGGGGCGCUGUCGGGUCACCUUGACCCCAGGUGGCCUGGAACAGCCCCCCACCUUACACAUCCUGCCCUGCCGCACUGACUAUGGCUGCUGUCGCCUUUCUAUGGCUGUGCGUCUCAUCCCCGCAGUCCAUCUAGGAGAUGGGGUCUUCCUUGUGGCGCCACCACCGCCACCCCUGCCCAGCGCGCCCCUGUUGGAGCUCCCUGAGGGCCUGCGCGCGGAGGCACUGUGGGGUGUGAACACAGCACGCCAGGAGCAGAAGCUGCUGAGUUGGCUGCAGGAACGGGCAGCUCCAGGUGCCUGCUACCUCAAGUGCCUCCAGUUGCUUAAGGCUCUGCGAGAUCUGGGCGCCCGUGGGCUGGACUCAGCGGCUGCCACCCAGUGGGGACGCAUCCUGUCCUCAUAUGUGCUCAAGACAGUGCUGCUGGCAGUGCUGCUGCGCAAGGGGGCCCCUGGGCAAGGCUGGGACGAGGAGCACCUGGGAAAGUGUUUGGAGGAGUUGGUGCAGUUCCUUAGGGACUGUCUGCUGCGACGCCAUACGCUCUUCCACUGCGUCCUGGGCCCUGGUGGGGCGGCUGCUGAGGUGGGUCCCCUGCCCAAGGCACUGCGGGAAGCCGCCCCAGUUGACCUCCUGGCCGCUUUCGACGGGCACGCCCGGGAACUUGCAGCGGCGCGGUUGCUGUCCACGUGGCAAAGGCUGCCCCAGCUUCUCCGGGCCUACGGGGGUCCCCGCUACCUUGCCAGGUGCCCCCCGCCCCGGAGUCAGCGCACCCAGGGCUUCCUUGAAGGUGAACCGUAAACCCUGACAGCACCCCCACCUGACCAAAUGCUCCUAAAGCCUUUCUCACUGGGUGGGGGUGGGAAUGGCGGCGAAGCCAGUUAAAUGCAAGAUUGCAGAAAGCAGAGAAAAAUUUGGUGGCUGCCACAAGCUUUAGUGGCUUAAAUAUCACCUCCUCGCUUCACAGUCCAAUAUAAUAUGACAUCUUCACACCCACUAGAGUGUCCUGGGCAAACUAAGGGAAAACAUGCAACAGCAGCCCCAAGAAUUGGUUCAAAUGUUCUCUGUGGACGGAUUCUGUAGAAGGAUGUGGCUUUUACAGAAGUCCAGUAGAAGCAAGAACUAGCUGCAGGGAAAAUUUCUUCUUGUCGAUUUUUAGACACAGAUCUCUCUGCCCAAAUUAAAAACAAACAAAAACACUAAAGUUUUUGAUACAAUUACUUGCUAGGUACUUGGUUCCUGAUUGUCUUUAAAAGGAAAAAUCUGAAUCUUUAUUUGCAACUGGAAUUGAAGUUCUAUUUUAGGGGCUAAUGGUCAGAGGAACAUAAUUUCCACUGUUCACGUUAAUAUUAAUGUAUUUUUAAAACGGUGCAAUCACAGGUGUUUGACAAGAUUGUCAAAAAAUUAAAUCACACAGAUGGAAAGGCAAUCGAGAGUUGAUUAGAGAAACUUCCAGAGAAAAGAGCACUUUAUAUUGAUCAAUUCACUCAUAUUGUGGUAAUUGCUAGCACCAAGCAUUGCGUCUGAGAGGGAAGCCAGUUAUAUUUAUUAUUAAAUGUACAGCCUUGAAAAGUGGCCAGCAUGCUUGCCUAACAUCACCGCAGGCCACAAGCUGGGAUAUGUACCAGUCCGUCAACACCCAUUCAUGGAACUACCUACUACCAGCCAGACAUGGCUGGAACCAAAGCAGCAACCAGAUACAUAUUCAAGACAACACUGGUGAAGGCAUAAAACAUCUUGGCUUUGGAGAAAGAUGUGUUUUAGGCUUUGCCUGUAAAGGUGUUUCUCCAAGGCUGGCUGCUGGCUGGAGACAGAAACGUUUUUUGUUUUAAGGUUUUUAGCAAACUCCUUCACAAAGAGAUUUCUUUCUGAGCUUAAUGAGCUGAUGAAAAGGAAAUGCCUGCUGUUUAGCAUGUGGUUUGUGCUGGAUCUCUAACCAUUGAUGGUUCCUCCUUGUUCAGGCAGUCUUACGUGGUCCAGGAGACCUGUUGAUUCAGCAUAGGUCUUGCAAAACAUUUCACUUAUAGUUCAGUAUCUUGGGCUCUGUGCUUGAAGGUCAGUUACUCCUUGGUCGUGGGCAAAGGAGACAAAUUAGGAAAAGAGCAAGGGAGACAGCACUUGACAGCAGUCUGUCUCUUUUUUCUCUUUAGGUAUCAGUAUCACCAGGUUUGGUGUAUUUUGCAGCUGGGAGGAGCCUGUCCUGGAAUUCUUCCUUGUUCUACCAAAUUUAUAACAGCCCUCAAUUACAGUUUUAAGUUCACCAUGGCCCAUCAUCGGUUUGCCUGAUUGGAAAUGCAACCAGUCUAAGUGUUACACAUUGGGUUUUUUUUUUUUUUUUUUUCUUAAUAAAAACAUGUACCUCCUCAGACUCUUACAGCUAAAAUUUGGAAGACAGAAAUGGCGUUGUGAAUAGAAUCAUUGUUGAAGUUCUGAGCUCUUUGGAGGGAACUCUAUAAACCUUCUUUCUUUAGGGAUCCACUUGCCCGCUGUGGGAAAUCAUUGUGAGUAGGUGAUUUACGGGGAAUCCUUCUCCUCAAAGCUGCAUUGGCUUCUUAUAUCCUUUGCAACCUUGGGCUGAAAGAGAAGCAGCUGCAAACAUUGUGCAUCUCUUUGAGGUUGUCUCGAGGCCAGUUCCCCGCAAAGGUCAUUCCUAGCUUUGUGAGAUCAAUGUUAGGUCAUAAGGUACUGCAUUGUGCAAAAAAGUCAGUCUGCUAACUUUAUGCAAAGAUAGAAACUGCACAGUAUUUUUUAAAAAUAGUUUAAAAAAUAGAUGCCAAUAGUAGAUCUUAUAUAUAUACAUAUUUUUUAUAUAUAUGCAUAUAUAUAUAUAUUUCCAUACUCAACCACAGCUUCCUCUGUACUCAUUGUCUGCUACAGUAGGACCAAGGGUUGAAAGGGUUAUAAAGCUUUAAGGCUGGGCACGGUGGCUCACCCCUGUAAUCCCAGCACUUUGGGAGGCUUAGGUGGGCGGAUCACCUGAGGUCAGGAGUUCAAGACCAGCCUGGCCAACAUGGCAAAACCCCGUCUCUACUAAAAAAUACAAAAACUAUCCGGGCAUGAUGGCGGGCGCCUGUAAUCCCAGCUACUUGGGAGGCUGAGGCAGGAGAAUCGCUUGAACCCAGGAGGCAGAGCUUGCAGUGAGCCGAGAUCACGCCACUGCAUUCCAGCCUGGGCGAAAAAGCAAGACUCCGCCUCAAAAAAAAAAGCUUUAAAAGCUGAAUUUUAGAAAUAUUUCUAGCUGUGUCAAUGAGUUCUUCUUUUAAUAGUAUUUUAAAGUAUAAAUCUGGUAACAUACUUAGUUCUUGUAGUUCUUUUGUUAGUUUUUUUUUUUUUUUUUUUUCAGGUUAAUUACCCAAAGCCUCAUCCAUCCUCAAGGUUUUUAAAUUUUAUUUUUUUAAAAUAAAUUGUGCAUUGUAUUUGUGAGUUUUUAAAAUAUACUGUUUUAUUUAAAUGCCAUGCUGAGCAAUUGUUCUCUGUACAUGGUAACCAAAACUUAGAGAUUUCGAUCAAUUUUGAUCAAUGUUUAGUAAACCAAAACAUGUACUGUGUACAACGGAAAUAAUAUGGCAUAUUAGCCAGGCAUGAUGGUUGCCCAAGACAGUUAAAUUAAGCUCAAUUCUAUAUUUUAUUAGGGCUCCAUUAUGUCCUUCAUCUGAAAUGUACACAUUUUUGGUGUAUGCUUGGUACUGGAGAUUCAUAUAUGCAAAUAUUCUCAUGCAAGAAGGCUCCACAGUAACAACAGCAAAAAAAAAAAAAAAAAAAAAAAAAAAAAUUAGUUGUCCAGCCAGUGCCGGAGGAAAAUGUUUUUGGGGAAGAUGACUCAGUCAUUUUGUGGCGAGACACCCUUCGGUAACUCCCACUGACCAGUCUUGGGAGCCUUCCUGGAAUGAUCGUGGGCUGAGCGGAGAUGUGUUUUGCAAAAUGAAACUGAAGCCGAAAGAAGGCAGAAUUCGAAUGAGGCAAGAGAAAUCCAAAGAACUGGGGAAGGAGGACUUCAGAUGGAAGUGAAGCAAGAGAGGGAAGGGGAAAUGAAGUGAAAAUUGCGUGAGGGUGUGAGAGAGGUUUGGGUUAGGAAACACAUUUUUAGUGCUAUUUCCAGCCAGGGGUCGCAAACUCAGCAGCCUGUAGAAAUGGGGUGGGAGGUGGGGGGGAACCUGCACUCGCCUUUAAAGAGGGGACCGUUGCUCAGCCAUGCAGAAAAAAAUGGGGCAACAAGCUGGAAAUCAGGUUUUUUUUUUUUGAAAAGUGAAACUUGAUGAUUUUUAAACAAGUAAUUAAAAAAAAAAAAUGUCCAAAAUACCACGUGGGCCAAACAUGUGUUUAAGCCUGGGGGCCACCAGUUUGCGACCACUGCCUUACACAGUUAACACCCCAAGUAUGUAUAUGGUCAUAUGUUUUGUUUUGGAUAUGGUAGUAUUAUAUAUACUUGGGGGUGUGAUAUUUUAAAUUAUCUUAAUCUCUCAGAGCUAAGCUUUAUUGUAGAAACAAAUAAAAAAAAAAAAAAUUAACAUAGCCACAGAUAACACUUAA